AUGCCAGUUCCCCUUGUUGUUGCAGCUCCGGCGGCAGCAGCAGCAUUCGCCUACAUCAACGCCAGAACCUCUCUGUGGUAUGAUUAUCUCCUCUUCAAAUCGACCUUCAAAUCAGCUGGCCGAGUGUUUCUUCGCCAACGCCGCGGCAACUUGUCUGUCUUUCAUAACCUGGAAGACCGCGCAAAGGACCCUUCUACAGCCAACAAAGACCUGCUCAUUUUUGAGGGUCGUCACCACACGUACGCUCAGGUUCACGACACGGCCAUCCGCUAUGGAACCUGGUUGCGGAAGAAUUUCGGCAUCAAGCCGAAAGACGUGGUAGCCAUGGAUUUUGAGAACUCUGAUACCUUCAUCUUUGUUUGGCUCGGACUUUGGAGUAUUGGUGCUAAGCCUGCCUUCAUCAACUACAACCUGACGGGCAAAUCAUUGGCUCACUGCAUCAAGGCGUCGAAAUCCAAGAUUUGCCUGGUUGACCCUAAUGUUGCCACAAAUGUCACCGAGGAUGUGCGGGCCGAGCUUGGCAACGUCAACUUCGUCAUGUUUACGCCGGAAGUUCAAGCCGAAGCAGCCGCUACCCCUCCUGUGCGCGUACCAGACUCUGACCUGAUCGAGGAUGACCUGGCAAACUUGGCUAUUUUGAUUUACACGUCCGGAACGACCGGUUUGCCCAAGCCUGCCGUGGUCUCGUGGGCCAAGGUUAUUGCAGGAGGCACGAUUGUGGAGACACUUCUUGCUCGUGGGGGUAACGAUAUCAUGUACACGUCUAUGCCGCUUUAUCACUCGGCAGCAUCCUUACUCUCCUUUUGUUCUACCUUGCUAGCAGGCAGCACACAAGCUAUCGGCCGCAAAUUCUCCACCAAGGUGUUUUGGGACGAAGUACGAGCCUCCAAUGCCACCAUUGUUCAAUAUGUUGGCGAGACUCUACGAUAUCUGCUUGCUGCACCUCCUCAGUAUGAUCCCGUCACUGGCGAGUGUAUCGACAAGAAACACAAGGUCACAGCGGCAUUCGGCAACGGUCUGCGCCCCGACAUCUGGAACCAGUUCAAGGAACGGUUUGGCGUUGACACCAUCCUCGAAUUCUACGCCGCCACCGAAGGGCCCUUUGGACUGUGGAACCUUAGCCGCAAUGACCAUACAGCGGGUGCAAUUGGCCGCAGCGGUCUACUGUAUGGCGGCUUGCAGUCACUGAAUCUGUCACUUGUUGAGUUAGAUUGGGCAACAGAUCUACCUAAACGAGAUGCCGCGACGGGAUUCUGCACCAAGGUCAAGCCUGGUGAACCCGGCGAGCUGAUCUGCAAGCUGGACCCGGAAAAUAUUAGCCAACGCUUCCAAGGAUAUUAUGGAAACGAGAAUGCAACAUCGUCCAAAAUCAUGCGUGGGGUCUUCAAGCCUGGCGAUGCAUGGUUCCGCACCGGCGACGUUACUCGGUGGGACGCAGACGGCCGCAUGUACUUCAUGGACCGCAUUGGUGAUACGUUCCGCUGGAAGUCAGAAAACGUGUCGACAGUCGAAGUCAGCGAAGCCGUCGGUCGCCACCCUUCUGUGCGUGAGGCCAACGUGUACGGUGUUGAGCUCCCCCAUCAUGACGGACGAGCCGGCUGUGUGGCCAUCGCCUUUGACAAGCAGCCCGACAAGACCGUGUUCCGCAGCCUGGCAGGCCACGUCAAGUCAUCACUGCCUCGUUACGCACAACCCCUAUUCCUUAGGGUCCUCAAGGAAGUUGGUGGUGCGGCCCAAACAACAGGUACUAUGAAGCAACAAAAGCACCUACUGCGCCUGGCUGGCGUCAAGCCGAACAACAAGAAGAUCGACGGUGAGCUGUACUGGCUCAAGGGAGAUGCAUAUGUUCCAUUCCAAGAUAACGAAUGGCGAGAACUCGAGGCAGGUCGAGUCAAGUUAUAA